UCAUCCCACUUUCAUCCUCCUUCUCUUCCAGCGCCCAUUUUCGAAAUUUCCUCUGCAACUUUGCCAGCUGAACCUCCAUUACAUAUAUCUCUCUGUAUUAUUAUCCUGGCUUAUGACAUUUGCUCAUGAGAAACUUCGAGCCCUCCCACCAAGUUUGAUUGAAACUGGCAGUUUUAUAUCACUUUUUAAUCUCUUAAACCUCAUUUUAUACUAUCCUUCUAAUGUCCCGAUCCUUAAUCAACUGAAUCCUUAUAGCUAAAAAUAACUGAGACUUGCAGUUUCAAAUCACUUUCUGCUCUCUUAAACCUUAUCUUAUACUAUCCUUCUAACAUCCCGAUCAUUGAUCAACCGAAUCCUUACAGCUAAGUACUGUUGAGACUCUCAUCUUAUCUUCACGUCUUCUACCAUGCCUGACAAGUUUGACCGUUUUAUGCGCGCUACCAAAGAAUUCUUCCAACGCGGAAAGGAAAACCCGCAGACUUUUAACAGUAGAAAUGUGGACACAUUUCUUUCCAAAUGGGACAAGCCGGAAAGACCUCCCGUUCUUCCUGCCAGUUCGCUAUCUCUCCCAGUCGUUGAAAAGGUGUUCCACUUGAAGAAGGAUCCGCGAUACGAUGACAUCUGGGAUUUACGCGAGGAGGAUCUCAUACCAGUGCCCGAAGCUCUCCACAAACGACUGGCAGACAUAUCGUCUACACUUGGCCAGGAUCCCAACAAUGAGGCGAGCUGCCGUUUGCGGUUGGAUGCGAUCCUUCUCGAUUGCAUAAUCGCAGAAAGAGAACUCCUUAGGUCGCCCUUCAACAGCGGAGUAAUCAGAGACGACGACAAGCCUAUCUCCCUUACACUGGAGAAUAAUCUAUCUCUCCAGAUAGAGUAUAAGGGAACGCAGCGUACUCUUCAGGGAAGGUCAGAUUAUGCCGUGUGGUACGAUGCAUCCGAUGACACAGCUACCAACCUCGUAGUACUGGAAGCCAAGAACCUAGCCGGUGCAGGUCUCGCACAAUGUCUCUGUUAUAUGGCCAUGGUCCAUGCCAUUCGAAAGCAAGAGCAUAAAAAGAACCAGAUCGUUUUCGGCUGCUUUUCGGACGGAUACAGGUUUACGUUCCUGCGCAUUGACAACGAGUCCCGAUGGUCAGAAUGGCCUUGCCCCCCGUGGGGAACUAUACAUAAGAAGCGCGAAAGUAUUAUCUAUACACACAUGCGUCUGAUAAUACGGAGUGCUGUCCGGACAUCACCCAGGUCCUCCCCUGAGAGAGUCUCCGCGCAGACGGAUCAUAGACCGCAUGCUCGCCCUUAUUACGAGCUGCGGAUUGGGAGCUCUUCUGACGAACAGCCGACGAUGGAUAGUGGAUGGUAAUGUCAACCGCCAGGGUCAACACGGGGGAGGUUAGUUUUUUUAUACUUUGUCAACGGUCUGUUAUCCAGGUUAGAGUGAUGGUAGAAGGGAA